AUGGCUGAAGGACAAGAUGGUUAUGUUGGUUUAAAUGUCGGUGGAAGGAUCUUCAAGACAUCCCGUACCACACUGUUAGCCGAUCCAGAUAGCUUCUUUUCUGCUUUACUGGAUGGCGAUAUUCCUUCGGCCAGAGACGACCAGGGGAAUAUCCUCAUCGACCAAGACGGUGAAAUAUUCCGUCAUGUCCUCAACUUCAUGAGAUAUCGUGAACUAGUACUACCAGAGGGUUUCAAAGAGUAUGGUGCCCUUAAACGCCAGGCAGACUUUUUCCAACUUGAGUCACUGAAAUCGUCUAUUGAACGACCAAUGCAAGUUGAUGGAUCGGAGGCCGUGGGAUUGAUGUGUCCUGAUGGGAAGGUAUUCCACACGACAAGAGAAAUCUUGAUGAGAGGAGAGAAUUCAUACUUUACCAGGAUGCUGAGUAAGGACAGUACCGUUGCAAGAGAUUUACAGGGAAACUAUUAUCUGAAAGGCAUCAGCAGUGAAUUGCUCCAGCAGGCCAUUAGCUAUCUAACCCAUGGUGGUAUUCUUACCCCAAUCGAUGAUUUCAGUGUACUUAAUAAUUCUUACGGCAUUGGCUAA